GCACGGCACGGGGUGACCAGGCGCGGCGCGGCACGGCACGGCACGGCACGGCACGGCACGGCACGGCACGGCACGGCACGGAGCGGCGCGGCGCGGCGCGGCACGGCACGGAGCGGCGCGGUACAGCACGGCACAGGCAGGAGCCAUGCAGGACCCGGAGAGCAGAUCCGUUUUCGAGGCUGCCCAGGACCCCAUUCUCCUGCGCGGGCUGACCCUCGUCACCGGCGUGGUGGCGGAUGCGUGUGCUGCCGGGCCGCCGUCAGUGAGCCACGAGAAACCUGUGGUCACCAGCAGCGAGGAGAAAGCCCCCAGAGUGCCAGAGGUGCCAGAGCGAAUGUACUGCUCGACCUGCAGGCAGGCGUUUGGCAGCCGGGAGGAGCAGACUGAGCACUACCAGCUUGACUGGCACCGCUUCAACCUGAAGCAGCGGCUCCUGGGGCGCCGGACACUGCCAGUAGAAGCGUUUGAGGAGAAGACUCGUACAGGUGAUGUUUCCAGCAUCUCAGGGUCCGACUCGGAGAGCUCUGUUGGGAGCAGUGAGUUGGAGCUGCUGCCCUGUGCCAGCGAGAGCCCUGGGCCGCCCCCACCGCGACGCUCCCACAAGGUGCUGCUCCGCAACGCCGAGGGACAGCUCAUCUCUGCCUACCGCUGCGUGUUGGGCACUGGGAAGGGUGGCAGUGAGGAGGCAGCAGAGCUGACGGCAUCACUGCAGAGCCUCGGUGCUGGCACAUGCUGGGUUGUGCUGAUGAUGGGCGGCGGGCACUUUGCAGGAGCUGUGUUCCGGGGCCCCCAGAUGCAGGAGCACAAGACCUUCCACCGUUACACAGUGCGAGCACGACAGGGCACGGCUCAGGGGCUGCGGGACGCCCAGACCAGGGGCUCGGCCCCACGCUCGGCCGGCGCCUCCCUGCGCCGGUACAACGAGGCGGCACUGCUCAAGGAUAUCCAAGAGCUGCUGGCAGCGUGGGCGCAGCACCUGAAGGAAGCUCAGCGCAUCUUCCUGCGGGCCCCACGCCACAACCGUGCGCUGCUCUUCAGCGGGAGGGACCCGCCGCUCAGCCAGGGCGACCCCCGUGUCUGCCACAUCCCCCUGAGCACCCGCCGGGCCACGCUGCGGGAGGUGCUGCGGGUCCACACCACGCUGGCCAGCCUGCAGGUCUAUGGGAAGGACACAGCACUGGAGGACAUCACUGGAUCCCCCCGAAAGGACUGGCAGAAGAGAAAUCUGAAAGCAGAGAUAGAUCCCAGGCAGAGGAGCACCAAUGCCCCGGAGGAGGAGGAGGAGGAGGAGGAGGAAAAGGAAAUCCCUACAGAGGAACUGGAGACUGUGGAAGUGACACUGAGCACUUUGGACCUCCGGGAGUUUGAAAUUAUGCCCAAGCGAAACCGCAAAAGGAGGAAGAAGAGGGACAAGAAGGUGGAGGAAGGGCCCCAUGACGAAGAGUCAGGACACCCUGGUACCCAGUGCAGGCAGCCUGGCCUGGAGCUGGAGAGGGAGCUGCAGCAAGAGGCUGGGGCUGGGCCUCUGCUCUGGGCCCAUGGAGGAGACCCUCAGGCCCAGCUGCGCGACGCCCUCUUUACCGCCUGCAAAACGGGGGACGUGGGGACACUGCGGCAGCUCCUGGGUGUGCUGGAGAGCGGGGACCCGCCAGAGCACAGCGAGGGCACGGGGGCCCUGGCCGUGCCCCCCUCCCUGCUCAGCCAGCCGCUGGAUGAGCGUGGCUGCACCCUGCUUCACGUGGCGGCGCGGGCAGGGAAGGCUGCAGCCGUGAGCCUGCUGCUGGCAGCGGGGGCUGACCCUGCCCUCAGGGACAGGCAGGACAGGACCCCGUACUGUGUCUGUGCCGACAGACCGACCCGCAACGCCUUCCGCAAGUUCAUGGUGGACCACCCGGACAAGUACGACUACGGCCGUGCCAAGGUGCCAGGGCCCCUGACGCAGGAGAUGGAGGCCAGGAAGCUGGAGAAGAAGCGUGCCCAGAAGGCGCAGCGCAAGCAACGGGAGCAGGCGCAGCGGGAGGAGCGGCAGCGCUGGGAGCGGGAGCAGGCCGAGAGGCAGCGCUUCGCUGCCCUGUCCGACCGGGAGAAGAGGGCUCUGGCUGCUGAGCGGAGGCUGGCUGCGCAGCAGCAGGACACGCAUGGCACGGCUCUCGCCAACAUCAGCCGCUGCUGGCAUUGUGGAGAGUCCCUACUGGGCCGGGUCCCUUUCCAUUACCUCGACUUCUCCUUCUGCUCCACGGCCUGCCUGCAAACCCACCGCCGGGCCCGUGCUGCCCACACAUGAGGCUGGGGAUGGGACUGGUGCCACCUGCCAAGGACCAGUGUGGUGGAGACAUGGCUGAGCACUGGUGGGCAGCGAGGGAGACCCCGUGCAGCAGUGCUGGGUGCAGGGACCGAACUGGCUGUGUCACUCUCCAGAGCAACUCGGGCAGGCCCUGGGCACGAGUGUCACUGGUGAUAUUACAGCUGAGAGGUCCUCACGUGUUAGUGUGAGGGGCCAGGACUGUUUUGUGGCCUGGCUCCAGCCAGGGGUCCUGCUGCUGGCUUUUCUCACAGCUACCUCAUAGGCUGCUGCCCCUGUCCAUGUGAGGGGGCUGGGUCCUGACACCUGCAGACCCCCCAGCCCUGAGCUGUGGGUACCCUGCAGGCCAUGCUUUGCCCUCUCCUCUCCUGAUUGCCAUCGCUGUCUCAGCUGUACCAUGUCAGCAACUGCCUCCUCCACCUAUGUUGUCAAUAAAGAGGUGCCUUGACCCCAAGCCAUGAGGGGAGUCAGCAUCAGUACUGGAACUA